AUGUUGCUAGAAGUUUCGAAAAGCUUGUUCAUCCUUCUCUCCUGCAUGUUGCUGGAACCCGUGUUUUCAGUGCAGAGUCAGAUGUGUGACAUGGUGAAGGAGAUAGACAAGGAGAGGAACCUGUGUGAGGCUCAGAUUGAGAACAAAACCACAGGUUGCAAUGGGACUUGGGACAAGAUCACCUGCUGGCCCAGUGCUGAUGUUGGAGAGGUGGUCACCAUCCCUUGUCCCAAAUAUCUCUUCUACUUCUCCAGAGAUGUCCACACACGUAACCUGUCAAAGACCUGCACUGAGGAUGGCUGGACCCCAAUCAGCAUAGACUCAUACAUAAUAGACUGUGGAUACAAUCCCAACAACACCAUCGAUGAUAAUACGUCGGGAGAGUUCUUUGAUGCGAUCAAAGUGGGUUACACCAUCGGUCACAGCAUGUCCCUCAUUUCGCUGACGAUCGCCAUCAUUAUACUGUGUCUCUUUCGGAAGCUACACUGCACAAGGAACUAUAUCCACAUGCAUCUGUUUGUGUCUUUUAUACUGAAAGCUGUGGCUGUUUUCAUCAAGGACGUGGUUCUGUAUGACGUCGGGGAGACGGACAAUUGCCAGUCACCUGUGAGCUGCAAAGCUGUGGUGGUCUUCUUCCAGUAUGGGGUCAUGGCGAGUUUCUUCUGGCUGCUGGUGGAGGGCUUCUACCUCCACACUCUAUUAGCCGUUUCCUUCUUCUCUGAGAGGAAGUACUUCUGGUGGUACAUCCUGAUUGGUUGGGGGGCUCCAACCAUCUUUAUCACAGCAUGGGUUAUUACGAAGGCUUAUUUAAAUGAUCUUGGAUGCUGGGAGAUAAUUGACGACCACCCAUGGUGGAUCAUCAAAACACCUAUUUUAGUCACCAUACUUGUGAACUUUUUUCUCUUCAUCUGUAUAAUCCGGAUUCUGCGACAGAAGAUGAAUUGCCCUGACAUAGGAAGAAAGGAAUCCAAUCAGUACUCGAGACUGGCUAAAUCCACUCUAUUGCUGAUACCUCUCUUUGGCAUAAACUACAUCAUUUUUGCCUUCAUCCCUGACCACAUCCACCCACAAGUGAGGAUGGUGUUUGAUCUUAUUCUGGGGUCAUUUCAGGGCUUUGUCGUUGCAGUUUUGUACUGCUUUCUGAACGGAGAGGUACAGGCGGAGAUUAAGCGUAAGUGGCGCAGAUGGAUGCUACAGAGGUUCCUCGGUGCUGACACUAAGUAUCAGCAGCCGUCUAUUGGCAGCAACGGCAACAACUUCAGCACCCAGAUUACUAUGUUGACCAAAUGUAGCCCCACAACACGCCGGGCAUCUGACUGUCAGGAGCACUUCUCUGCUAUCUGA